CAUCAUCAUCAUCAUCAUCUCAAGAUUAUUACUUAACUUCUAUUUAUCUCCAUCUUUUACCAAAUCCAAACACCCUCUUUUGCUUGAAUCAGUGACAGACAAUGCAAGUGCCAACAAAUUCAAACAUUCAAGGAUCUCAAUCCUUCAGCUUAACAAAGAACCUGAUGAUGCCCUGCUCGAUGAAGCAUUCGGGUUUACAGCUGCAUGAUCAAGAUUCAUCCUUAACACAAUCUACUGAAGAAUCAGGCGGUGUGUGAAGUUGCCAGCUUUUUUGCAUUGAUCUGAAUAUUUUAGUCACAUUACAAGAAAACCGCUAAAAGUUUUAUGCUGUGUCUUAUGGUUGGUUGUAUGCAGGUUACAUAGUAAGCCCACGGGGAAAGGCUAUUGCAAGUUAUACCAAGUCAACAACCACCUCGUCCAUGGUGUCUCACGAUUCUGUGUUUCCUCCUCCUUAUUUCAAUGGCUUCUUGGCUCCUGAAUAUGCAUCCCAAUCAACGGUGCUGCCUCAUGUAGAGAUGAUGGGUUUGGUUACUUCAAGAGUGCCAUUGCCUCAUAACUAUCAAGAGAAUGAACCAAUGUUCGUCAAUGCCAAACAGUACCAUGCCAUUCUUCGUCGCAGGAAGCAUCGUGCUAAGCUUGAAGCUCAGAACAAACUCAUCAAAAGCCGUAAACCGUACCUUCAUGAGUCUCGCCAUCUUCAUGCUUUAAAGAGAGCAAGAGGCUCCGGUGGGCGUUUCCUCAAUACAAAGAAGCUUCAAGAAUCAUCAAAAUCACUCUGUUCUAGUUUGACCACACCGAGCUCCAGUUCAGACCGUGACAACAUGUUCAUGAACGCACCGUUCAGAUUCUCAGGGUAUCCAUCAACACAUCAUGUCUCAGCUCUCAUGUCAGGGACGUGAGAGUCAUAAUCUUGCUCCAGUUGAAA